GAGAAACACAGCAGUGUGAGAAUCAUCAGUCACCUAUUUGACACAGCGUGUUCUGUUAUUGAAACGCAAAGAAGGAACGGUCACCGUGUAGGCUAGAAUGAGAGAACUUCAUUUCAAAGACAACUUUUGGAACACUGACAUCACCUGCACUGGUGGCUAUGACAACAUCAUUCAACAUCUAAAUGAUGGCAGGAGGACUUGCAAAGAGAUUGAAGACUUCUUGAAAGCAAGAGCCACAAUAGAGGAGAAGUACGCAAAGGAGCUUCUUGGUUUAUCCAAGAAAGUAUGUGGACAUAAUGAAAUGAAUACACUAAAGCGAUCCCUAGAUGUCUUUAAGUUACAAACAGAAAAUGUGGGCUUGUCCCAUCUUCAGCUGGCUCAUACAAUACGAGAAGAAGCGAAAAAGCUGGAGGAUUUCAGAGAGAAACAGAAAGAAGCCAGAAAAAAGCUAGAACAUCAGAUGGAUGGCCUACAUAAGCAGAAGACCACACAAUACAAGAAAACCAUGGAGUCCAAGAAGACUUAUGAGCAGAAGUGCCGAGACAAAGAGGAGGCUGAGCAAAACAUGAACAGAAGUGCCACCACAAGCAGUGCCAAACAGCAGGAGAAGCUGUAUUCAAAAGCACAACAAGCCAAGAAUUCAGCUGAGGAAGCAGACAACAUGUACAAUGGCAACGUGUGCUCGCUGGCGAAGCUCAGAGACGAAUGGCAAAACGAGCAUGUCAAAGCAUGUGAGUUCUUUGAGAACCAGGAAGUAGAGCGGAUCAGCACUGCCAGGAACAUGGUGUGGACACAUCUCAAUCAGCUCUCUCAGCAGUGUGUCACAAGUGAUGAGUUGUAUGAGGAGGUAAGAAAGUCACUGGAACAAUGUAACAUCCAGGAGGACAUUGAGCACUUCAUCAACCUCAGGAGAACUGGAGACAAACCACCAGCACCUGUACUAUAUGAGAACUUCUACAGCAACCAGAGAGCCCCUCCGCCACGCCAACCCCCUCCAAUCACCAGAAGGAUGCCACCCGUUCCAGACAGUAAUGCAUCAGAUGAUGUUCUCUACUCAAGCGUGACAGACCCAGGCUACAGCGUUAUACGAUACUGAUCACUAAUGCUUCGUUUUUGAUGACACUUCACCCCUGUAUCGUUCUAAUCAGCAGAAAAUCAUCUUGGUUCUGCCCAUGUCUCUACCUACUGAAGAGCGCUGUGACAGUCUUCAUCCCUUCUGUUGGGGAAAAACAAUGCUUUUGGCUUUUCAUUACAAAGCGGAGUGAUUUUGUAAAUAUGGAAUACAUAAUUUAGAACAAAAUCUAAGAUUAAAUUAUUUAUUGACAGAUUGUAACACAUUGUAAUAAAAACACUGGAUUUGA